AUGGAGAAACUGAGAAUUUUGCUGCUUGUGGCUUUUUCGUUGGAGACUGUCUCUGCGACAUCUUUGGGUGUAGUGCUGACGGAGGGAGGCUUGGUGCGGGGGGAGAACAUCCGCCUCGGGUUUCGUCGGCACAUGGACAUUUUCAAGGGAAUUCCCUUCGCUGGCAUUCCCGGGAGGUUUGAGAUCCCAAAGCGUCACCCCGGCUGGAAUGGCAUCUUGAAAGCCACUGAAUACAGGAAGAGGUGCCUUCAGGUCAACCUCAAGAUGACCUCCACCCGCGGCAGUGAGGACUGUCUCUACCUCAACAUCUGGGUUCCUCAUGGCCAUUCAGUGUCCACUAAUCUCCCCGUCAUGGUUUGGAUCUAUGGCGGAGGUUUCCUGGUUGGAGGCUCGAUGGGAGCCAACUUCCUCGACAACUACCUGUACAGCGGACAGGAGAUCGCAGACAGGGGGGAUGUUAUUGUGGUGACUCUGGGAUACCGAUUGGGAACCCUAGGCUUCCUCAGCACCGGUGAUGCUUCGUUACCUGGAAACUACGGUCUGUGGGACCAGCAUUAUGCCAUCGCCUGGGUGCACAGGAACAUCCGCUCUUUCGGAGGAGACCCUGACAACAUCACCCUCUUUGGAGAGUCUGCAGGCGGAGCGAGUGUCAACUUCCAGACUCUCACACCCCAUAGCAGAGGACUGUUCAGGAGAGCCAUCUCCCAAAGUGGGGUCGCCCUCUGCCCCUGGGCUGUCAACAGGAACCCCCGCAGGCUGGCAGAGGAGAUUGCACUGAAGGUCAACUGCCCCACUGAUGACAGGAUGGUUGCCUGUUUGAAGAUGACUGAUCCUAGAGUUCUUACAAUGGCCGGUUCACUGGAUCCGUCCGGCUCAGCCGACAACCCCAUCGUGGGCCAGCUGGUCCUGGCCGCUACAAUCGACGGGGACUUCCUUCCCGAUGAGCCAGGAAAGCUUUACCACAAUGCCGCUGAUGUGGACUACAUCGCUGGCGUCAACGACAUGGAUGGACAUGUCUUCACUGGUUUAGAUGUCCCGUCAAUCAACAAUCCCCAGGUGGACACCCCUGUAGAGGAUGUCAGGAGGCUCCUGCGUUCGUACACCAAGGAGAAAGGCCAGGCUGGUUUGGACAACGCUUUCGCCACGUACUCUUCAAACUGGGGCACCAAUCCCAGCCAGACAACCAUUAAGAGAACCAUUGUGGAGAUCGGAACAGACUACAUCUUCUUGGUUCCCAUACAGACCGCCCUCUACCUUCAUGCUGCCAAUGCCAUGACUGGUCGCACCUACUCCUACGUCUUAUCAGAGCCCAACCGUAUGGGCGGCUUGGCCAGGCCUUACCCCAGCUGGAUGGGAGCGGAUCACGCUGAUGACCUCCAGUAUGUGUUUGGAAAGCCGUUCACUACACCUCGGGCAUACUGGUCAAAGCACCGCGAUCUCUCCAGCUACAUGAUCGCCUACUGGACCAACUUUGCCAAAACUGGAGACCCCAACAAAGGAGACCUUAAAGUGCCCACUACCUGGCCUAAAUUCACCAGCUCCGGACACCAGUACCUGGAGAUCAACUCGAAGAUGGACAACAGCUACGUGCAUCAGAAGAUGAGGGUUCGCUACGUGCACUUCUGGGCCAGCACGCUACCCAGUCUGCCCGACAGCAGUGACGGCAGACGAGCAGAACGAGGAGCGCGGCUGAGUCGACAGCAGCUGGUACACCAGGGAAACGCCGUGGAAGAACGCAUUGGGACGGCUGUUACAGCAGACAUCUUGGUCCCGGCGCGGCGGACAGUGGGUGGUUUACCUCGCGGACGCGUGUACCGGUUGCCGGAACGGAGGAAGCUGCCGCAGCCACCCUGGACGGACAGGUCGCCAUACGCCCGGAGAGAGACAACGGAGACGCACGGGGCAAGAGGGGGAAGCCGUGGAUGA